UUUCAGAUUGACGAGGAAUACCUUGGUCGAACAAUAGAAGAACCUUUCUACCGGGAAACAGUUACGGUGAAGGACCGAAAACAUAUUAUCCUGUCUACAGACGUACAGCUCAGUCUUCUCUCCAGAGCGAAGUCAUGGUACAUCGACGGUACAUUCAAAGUGGUGAAGACUCCCUUCACUCAACUAUUGUCUGUUCACGCUUUCAUCAAGUCCGGGGAAAACAUGAAGCAGGUCCCUUUAUGUUUUGUACUAAUGUCUGGGAAAAAACGGCGUGACUAUAAAAAGGUCUUCCGAGCGAUCAGCAAUCUAACACCUGGGCGAUGCGUUGAGACAUUCGUUGUAGAUUUUGAAGCAGGAAUGUGGCAGGGGCUAAGAGACGUGUUUGAGGAUCCCCACAUUAAAGGCUGUGCGUUUCAUUUCGGACAGGCCCUCUUCCGUAAAGUGCAAGAACUUGGUCUACAGGUAUCUAUAUUACGCUACCCUUGCUAUAAUAAUUUAUAGAAAUGUUGAAUGAAUCAUGUUUAUAAGUAAAUUAUGUUUGUAAAAUAAAUAAAU